AUGCUUAAAUAUCAUAAAAAUUUCAUUUUGUACGGUGAACUCGAAUACUUCUGCCUUUUGUGUAGUGAAACUUUUUUGAUUGUAGAAGAAGUCGAAAAACACUUACGGUGGGAAAAUCACAGGAAACUAUUAAAGAAUCAAAUUCUUUUUCCGAAAUUGAAAAAAGACUCAAUUUAUAAGAUUGGGGACAAUUUCUAUUGCGAACUAUGUAACCAUUUGUCGCCAGAUAUUACAAAUAUUACAACUCACGUUAAUGAUGAUAAACACAAAAGAAAUAAAUCGUCUAAAACCCCUACUCCCACCACUUUCGUAGAGUGCAAACGGGAUAUUGAUACAGGAUUUAUAAUAGUUCACGAUAUAAUAGUAACUAUUGAACAAUGGAAUGCUUUAAUUGGUCUGAAAAAUUGCAUGAUGUGCGAUACUGUAGUAGAAUUGAAACGAGCAGAUGAGCACCUGCUUAAUCCUGAACAUGUCAUAAAGUUGAUACAAUCUCGCGUAAUUAUGGAAAAUGACGAUAGAUGUUAUAGAAAGAUAAAUGCAGAUAUCAACUAUUGUUUCAUUUGUAAGAUAAUUGUCAAAACAUCUGAUCUAAAUGACCACUGGGACUCAGAAAUACAUUGUUCAAAUAAAACAUCCAGUAUUACAAGGACCUCAAAAGCGACAGAAACGAAAACAACCAAGGAAAUAUAUCGCACCACGGAAGCAACUAAAAGGAUGUUGGACCUGCAAAAAAUGUUAUAUGACAUCAAUUUACAGAAUAAAACGGCCACCUGCAAGUUUUGUAAUAAAGUCAUUGUUUUCAACGGUAGAGAAAUGUUGAAUCACCAGAAAGAACAUAUAGAUGAGCUACGUGAUAAAGACGAUUCGAGCGAAAUGUUAGAGAUCAUUGUAGACAAUAUUAAUUCUAGCGCUUCCGAGGACUCAAAAGAAGAAGUGAAAAUUGGCGAAAUCGACCAUGGCCAACGUAGGCAUAAAUUAUCGCUGUACGGAAAACAACAUUACAUUAAACUAACUCCAGGUGGCGCUAAGGGUUAUUGUCACUUGUGCAAUAUUUACAUGUCGAGUCAUAUAACGGUAUUUAGGCAACAUACGCGAGGGUAUAUUCAUAAGGGUCAUUUGGAGUAUAAAGGCCUUAAGAAAAGUACAAAGCACGAGAAACCAGAUUGUAACACUAAAUCACUGAAGAGCUAUUUGAAAUGUCUUUUUUAUGCUCAUUCUAUAAGAACAUUCUGGAUAAAUAAGGAAUUUAGUGUGAAUGCUCAUAGUUUUAUUCUUGUGGCCCCCGUACUAAGUAAUCCUCACUAUUUGAAAACUAAAUGCUAUGCGUGUGACGUAGAAUACACGCGAGGGGAAGAUGUGGAGCAUUACAAAAGUAUAAGACACAAGACUAAUUUAUUGGAUGCUGAAGUACUUACAUAUUUGAGAGGUGAAUUUAUAAGAGAAAUUCGCAACGAUAUGUAUCACUGUGGGUUUUGCAAUCGAUUAUUCCCAUACUGGGACAACCUGAAGCGACAUCUGCGUAGUUGGCGGCAUAAGGAAAUGAAGAAAGACAAGAUUGCGGCAUCCGAUUUGGCUCGAAAAUGGUAUAAAGAAAAUGUGCUAACUGUUAUUAGCACUAAUCCUGACAUAAUGUACAUGCAGUUUUUAGACUUACCGAUUUUUUAUUGAUGCCUUCUAAUUUGUCAGCGAAGUUAUAUUUUAUUUUAA